UUUGAACUUGUGAUUCUUCUGACUCUAUAUCCCUAGUGGUCAAUUUACAGGCAUGUACCAUCAUGCCCAGUUUCAGUUUUAUGCCUGGUCAGGGAACAUAGAGCCCAGUACCACUUGAGCCCCUGCCUAGUGUGAGGAUACUCCUGCCAAAUGUGUAUAGCCUGAAUUUAGUUCAAGAAAACACCAGACAACUCCCACCCCCAUAUUGACGGAUUGAUUACAAAAUAACUAGCCAGUAGCUAGAAACUCUUAGUAACUGCCAGUAGUAGCUAGCGGGCUCUGAUUAAGGUACUAAUUAACCGAUCAAGGCUGUGAGCGAGUAGACACGAGAGAGCUUUCAAAUUAGAUUUUCAGGAAGAGCCGAGAUGGCCGAGUUUCCAGAUGACCGGGCUUCUAGGCUGUGUGACAACUGCAAAAAGGAAAUUCCUGUGUUUAAUUUUACCAUCCAUGAAAUCCACUGUCAAAGGAACAUUGGUGUGUGCCCUGUCUGCAAGGAACCAUUCCCCAAAUCUGACAUGGACAUUCACAUGGCUGCAGAGCACUGUCAGGUGACCUGCAAAUGCAACAAGAAGUUGGAGAAGAGGCAGUUAAAGCAGCAUGCGGAGACCGAGUGUCCUCUGCGGCUCGCUGUCUGCCAGCACUGUGAUCUGGAGCUUUCUGUUCUCAAGCUGAAGGAGCAUGAGGAGUACUGUGGAGCCCGGACAGAGCUGUGUGGCAGCUGUGGGCGCAACGUGCUUGUGAAGGAGCUGAAGACUCACCCCGAGGUCUGUGGGAGAGUGGAGGAGGAGAAGAGAGCGGAGGCUGCCAUCCCUCUGGAGACUUACGAUGAGCCCUGGAGUCAGGACAGAAUCUGGAUCGCGUCCCAGCUCCUCAGACAAAUCGAGGCUCUGGACCCGCCCACGAGGCUCCCUGGAAGGCCUCUGCAAGCCUUUGAGGCAGACCCCUUCUACAGUAGGACUGCCAGCCAGAGGAGCAUGGCAGCCCAGUUUCCAGUUCAAAAUAAUCUCUUUGAAGAACAAGAAAGGCAGGAAAGGAAUAGAAGCCGGCAGUCCCCAAAAGACAAUGCUGAGAAUAACGCACACUUGGACUUCAUGUUGGCCCUGAGUCUGCAGAAUGAGGGACAGGCUGCCAGCAUGGCAGAGCAGGGCUUCUGGGAGUCUGUGCCUGAGGCCGAUCCCGCUCGUGCUGGGCCCACACCUCUGGGUGACAUAAAGGGUGCUGCUGACGAGACUCUGCUGCCCUGUGAGUUCUGUGAGGAGCUGUACCCAGAGGAACUGCUCAUUGACCAUCAGACAAGCUGCAACCCUUCUCAUGCCUUACGUUCACUCAAUACGGGCAGCUCUUCUGUCAGGGGGGUGGAAGAUCCUGGUACCAUCUUCCAGAACUUUCUACAACAAGCAACAAGCAACCAGUUUGACACUUUAAUGGGCCUGAGCAGUCCAGCUGCUGUGGAAGACAGCAUUAUCAUCCCCUGUGAGUUCUGUGGGGUGCAGCUGGAAGAGGAGGUGCUGUUCCACCAUCAGGACCAGUGUGACCAACGCCCAGCUACAGCAAACCGCCAUGCAGUGGAGGGCAUCCCAGCCCAGGAUCCACAGCCAGAAAACACUUCAGCAGAGCUCUCCAGGAGGCGGGGCAAACACCAGGGAGAUCUGUCAUCUGGCUACAUGGACGAUGUCAAGCUGGAGUCAGUGAAAGGCCCCACCUACUCGAUGUCUCCUAACAGAACCAUGAACAAUGUGGCUUCCUGCAACCGACUAUUGAAUGGCCCUUCAGGCCCCAGGCCUGACUGCCAGCGUAGCUCUCCCAGUGUGCUGAAGCUCAACAACUCUGACAGCCAGGACAUCCGUGGGCGGAUGCGGGGCAGCCAGAAUGGGCCCAGAGCAUCUGGGCAUGCUCCAGCGAUCCACUCUAUUCGCAAUCUCUAUCCAGAAAACUUUGCGCCGUCUUUUCCUCACGGAUCCCCUGGGAGUGGGAGGAGUGAAGGUGGCCGGAGCUCUCGGGUCAGCCCUGCAGCUGCUGGCUACCACAGCAGAGCGGCCAAGGCAAAACCUCCGAAGCAGCAGGGAGCGGGGGAUGCGGAGGAGGAAGAGGAGUAAUGGUGACUCUGGGGGCUCUUGCCGCCCCACCCCCCCUGCAUAACAGAACAUGCUGGUGCAGUGUCCAGCUGCCUCUCGGGCUCACUGGGCAGGAGAGAUACCAGAUUGUAAUUUUUCCUAGGUUAUGGCCAUUUUGUGUCUUUGCGAUUGUGCUGUGGGUGUUUGGGUUUGAGGGAGGGCUAGCUGGGAGGCCUGAGCUGCUGCUGUUGAGCAGCUGUGAAAUCAGCGGGUUGGUGGCCUUCUUGGCCCAUAAGUGCUCCAUCCUUAGUGAUGUUAUCACCACUGCUUCUUGGUGCUUUGUGGUCCUGAUGGGCAGAGACCAGGGUUCUGGGGAUCUCAGAGACCCCGGUGAAGCGUCCUCUCCCGGUGGGGGCCUAAGCUUGAGUGUGCAGUGUUAGGAACAGGCUGAGCGGCAGGGACACGGACUGGAGGCCACCUUGGUGCUUGCAGGUCACUCACCCACCUCUCUCUGUUCCUGAUGGGGAAUGUACUGCUUUGUUCCUGCUGCCCCCACCAGGGCUACUCCUGCCUCAUGAGGACGGAGGCGCCAGCCCCUUCCCUUUUUAUUUUACUGUUCUAAUUGUCUAUUUCCUUGUAAUAGAAAUAAAGUUUGUAUUUAGAGCUCA